AUGGCAGCUAGCCAAUACUGUAACAAGCCUCAUUCUCAUCAUCAUCAUCUUCUUCUUCUUCUUCCUUCUCUGCAAUUCAUUACCCCCAUAACGCUAUUAUUCUUUCUUACAUGCCCUUCUACUCUCUCUUCACUUUCCUUCAGCUACGACCAGUUCAAGCAGAAUGAUCCAACCUUAAAAUUGGAGGGAGAUGUUUACCAUGAUAAUGGAUCUCUGCAGCUCACAAGGUUUGAAAGAGACAGUCUUGGUAGAGUCAUUUACUACAAAAAUCUCCAUCUGUGGGACAAAACAACAGGAAAAGUCACAGAUUUUUCUUCCCAUUUCUCUUUCAUCAUCAAUUCACCAAACAAAACCUUCAAUCUUGGAGAUGGAAUCACCUUCUUCCUUGCAGCACCAAACUUUCCUCUUCCUGUUCCCAGAGAUGGCUCAGGGAUCGGCCUUGUGAGUCGUUAUCAGUUGAAAGAUCAAAACUAUACAGACCUGAAUCCUUUUGUGGCUGUGGAGUUUGAUACCAUGAAAAAUGAUUGGGAUCCUCCAUAUGAUCAUGUGGGGAUUGAUGUUAAGUCUAUAAGCACAGCUUAUACUACACCGUGGUUCAGUGUUAAAGAUGGAAGAAUUUAUGAUGCUGUUAUCAGUUACAAUUCAAGUUCAUUCAAUUUGACUGUGAGUUUUGAUGGUUAUCAGAAUAACAACACCAAGGUUGAACAGAGUUACAAUGGAAUUGUGAAUCUGACUGAUGUUCUUCCAGAGUGGGUUGAGUUUGGAUUCUCUUCUGCAACUGGGGAUUACUUUGAGAUCCAUACACUUUGCUCUUGGUCCUUCAAUUCAAGUUUGGACAUGCAAGAUCAGAACAAUGAGAAUAAUACUCAGAACAGUAAGAGCAAGAAGGGACUAAUAGCAGGAUUGAGCAUAGGAGGAGGUGUUUUAUUAAUCUGUGGAAUAGGGUUAACUAUUUGUCUUAUGACUUGGAAUAUCAGAAGAAGAAGGAGAAGAAGAGAAAGAAGGAGAAGCAUGGAUGGUUUUGACUUUGAGCUAAGCAUGGAGAUUGAGUUUCAGAACAGCACAGGGCCUAAGAAGUUUCCAUACAAGCAACUUGUUAAAGCAACAUACAAGUUUGCAAAAGAAAAUAAGCUUGGAGAGGGAGGAUUUGGUGGGGUAUACAAAGGGUUUGUUGAAGAAUUGAAUAGCUAUGUUGCUAUUAAGAAGAUAUCACAAGGAUCUAAACAAGGGGUUAAGGAGUAUGCAUCAGAGGUAAAGAUUAUCAGUCAAUUGAGGCAUAAGAAUCUGGUUUGGCUAAUUGGGUGGUGCCAUGAGUACAAUGAUUUAAUUCUAGUUUAUGAGUUCAUGCAAAAUGGAAGCUUAGAUUCUCAUCUCUUCAAAGGCAAAAGUCUCCUGGCAUGGGGACAAAGAUAUAACAUUGCUCAAGGUCUAGCCUCAGCAUUACUAUAUUUGCACGAAGAGUGGGAACAAUGCGUGGUUCAUAGGGAUAUAAAAGCCAGCAAUGUCAUGUUAGACUCAAACUUCAAUGCAAAGCUUGGAGAUUUCGGGUUGGCCAGACUUGUGGACCACGGAAAAGGGUCAAAAACAACCAUCCUAGCAGGAACUUUCGGAUACAUGGCUCCUGAAUAUGCUGCUAAAGGAAAGGCAAGUAGAGAGACUGAUGUUUACAGUUUUGGACUCGUGGCUUUGGAAAUAGCAUGCGGUAGAAAAUCAAUAGAACAAAAUGCCAAUGAAGAACAGAAGGAUGAUCCAACAUUAAAACUUGAAGGAGGUGUUCACUGUGAAAAUGGAUGCCUGAACCUCACUGAGUUAGAGCAAAACAGCGUUGGGAGAGUCACCUACGGCGAAAAUCUCCAUCUUUGGGAUGAGAUGACCGGAAAAGUCACAGAUUUUUCUUCCCAUUUCUCCUUCAUCAUCAAUACACAAGGCAAGACCACCAAUCUUGGAGAUGGCAUAACCUUCUUCCUUGCCGCACCAGGCUUUCCCCUUCCUGAUCCUAGAGAUGGAGCCGGAAUUGGCCUCGUGAGUCGUCUGCAAUUGAAAGAUCCAAAUUACAGAAAGCAGCAUCCUUUUGUGGCUGUGGAGUUUGACACCUUCCCAAAUCCUGAUUUGGAUCCUCCUUAUGAUCAUGUGGGGAUUGAUAUUAAUUCUCUGAACCGAACUUACACUAAAAAGUGGUUCACUGUCAAGGAUGGAAGAAAAUAUGAUGCCGUGAUUAAGUACGAUUCAGGUUCUUUCAAUUUGAGUGUUAGUUUUAUUGGAUAUGAGAACGGCUCCAGAAUUGAACAGAAUUUCUUUCAUAUUGUCAAUUUGGCUUUUGUUCUUCCAGAGUGGGUUGAGUUUGGAUUCUCUUCUGGAACAGGUUAUUUCCGUGAUGAGAUCCAUACUCUUUGCUCUUGGUCCUUCAGUACAUGUUUAGACAUGGAAGAUCAGAACAAUCAGAGCAAGAUAGGACUUAUAAAAGCAUUGAGCAUAGGAGGAGGUGUUUUAAUUUGUGGAAUGGGGUUAUUUUUCUUUAUGAUUUGGAGAAGACGAAGAGGAAGAAGAAUUGGUGCUUUUGGCUUUGAGCUAAUAAGCAUGGAAGAUGAGUUUCAGAGAAUGAUAGGGCCGAAUAAGUUUCCAUAUAAUCAGCUUGUCAAAGCAACAGACAACUUUACACAAGAGAAUAAGCUUGGAGAGGGAGGAUUUGGUGGGGUUUACAAAGGGUUCAUAGAAGAAUUGAAUAGCUAUGCUGCUAUUAAAAGGAUAUCACAAGGAUCUAAGCAAGGGGUGAAGGAGUAUGCAUCAGAGGUCAAGAUCAUCAGCCAACUGAGGCAUAAGAAUCUGGUUCGACUGAUCGGUUGGUGCCAUGAGCACAAUGACUUAAUGCUGGUUUACGAGUUCAUGCAAAACGGAAGCUUAGAUUCUCAUCUCUUCAAAGGCAAAAGUCUCUUGACAUGGGAACAAAGAUACAACAUAGCUCAAGGCCUGGCCUUAGCAUUAUAUUACCUCCAUGAAGAGUGUGAACAAUGUGUGGUUCAUAGGGACAUAAAAGCAAGCAAUGUUAUGUUAGAUCCAAAAUUCAACGCAAAACUCGGAGAUUUUGGGUUGGCUAGACUGGUGGACCAUGCAAAAGGGUAUAAAACAACAGAUCUAGCAGGAACCUUCGGAUAUAUGGCUCCCGAAUACAUCUCCAAAGGAAAGGCCAGUAGAGAGACUGAUGUGUAUGGUUUUGGAGUCGUCGCUUUGGAAAUUGCUUGCGGGAGAAAAGCAAUCCAAUUUAGUGCCAAUGAAGAACGGGUUUUACUUGUGGACUGGGUUUGGGAACUCCAUAGCGGAGAAAGUGUUCUUGAAGCAGCUGAUCAGAGAUUGUGUGGAGACUUCAGUGAGCAGGAAAUGCAGAGGUUGAUGAUGGUGGGAUUAUGGUGUGCUCAUCCGGAUCAUAUUCAAAGGCCUCCUAUGAGACAAGUAGUUCAGGUGCUUAAUUUUGAAGCUGCUUUACCCAAUCUGCCAUCCCAGAAGCCUGCUCUUCCAAAUGAUUCUGUUGGAAUCAGUGACUUUAUAUUUUCAAACUCUUCAUCAAGUGCUAGUGCUUCGAGGAUCAAUCGUACCUUACCUUUAAGUGAUGGCUUUUUCACUGACUCAUCACAAUCAAGCAUUUCUCCAGCAGACCCCAUUCUGCACACACACUAA